AUGGGAUGCAAGAGGGGUAAGAAUAAGGUAGGUAUCUUGAUUGACAGGGAUCUUAAGGAGCUAGUGGUAGAAGUUAGAAGGGUGACCGAUAGGUUGAUGGCUAUUAAGCUGGUUGUGGGAGGGUCUACUUUAAAUGUGAUUAGUGCUUACGCGCCCCAAGUGGGUUUGGAUGAGGAGAUUAAGAGGCGCUUAUGGGAAGAACUAGAUGGGUUGGUCUGUGGCAUUCCGCACACUGAGAAGUUAUUCAUAGGAGGUGACUUUAAUGGUCAGAUUGGGGAAACAUCUAGGGGUUAUAACGGUGUGCAUGGCGGCUUUGGAUUUUGUGUUAAGAACGGAGAAGGUACUUCAUUGUUGGACUCUGCUAAAGCCUUGUAUUUGGUGAUGGACAACUCGUGUUUUCCGAAAAGAGAGGUGCACUUGGUUAUAUUCCAGAGUUUGUUGGCAAAGACUCAAAUUGAUUAUCUACUCCCCCAGAAGUGCGAUAGGCGUCUGUUCAUGGAUUGCAAGGUUAUAGCAAGGGAGAAUUUCAUGCCUCAGCAUAGGUUAUUUGUGAUGGACUCAGAGAUCGUGAGGAAGAGGAAGAAGAGGGUCAUGUAUGGUCAACCCAGGAUUAGGUGGGUGCUUUGA